AUGAUAGCUAACUCUCAAGACAACAUGGCUAACAAACAGCCUAUUAUUGCAACCAUUAGUCCAUUUGCAUUGGCAAUGAAUAAAGUACAAGCCAAUUCAAAAGUAUCAAAAAAAAUUUGGGAUUCAGAUAAAGCUCUUAGAAAUACACACCAAGGACUGCUUGGUAAAUACCAAAUACGGGUUUAUAUAUUUUUGGCAUUGGGCUAUGCUGUUAUUGGAGCUUGGCUGAUGGAAAUGCCAGCAUUUGCAUUGUUACCACCGAAAUAUAUUGAUUGUACGCCAGUUUAUCCAAAUAAAUCAAAUACAACUCUUCAAACAUCUACACAACUGAAUCAAAUAAUAUCAAAUGAAAACACUGCAAGUCUUGUUAACGAUGGAAAAAGGGAAAAACUUAAACGAACAUAUAAUUACAGCAAAGAAUACGGACGAAGUGCACUCAUUGACAUGUAUGAUGCACAGUUCGAUACUUUAUGUGAUAAAACACGUGUGAAACUACCUUACAUAGUAAAUAUAGUUGGCUUCAGUUUGGGUGCUCUUGUAUUAGGUGCUAUUGCCGAUCAUAGUGGAAGAAAAAUGAUUUUACUCGGUUCAAUGUGGACAGCAUGUAUUUUAUCAAUAUUUCAAUUAUUAAGUGAAGAAUAUAUUUCCUACGUGUUUUUUAUGUUUUUUCUUGGAGUACUUACUGGUGCUGUACAUGUUAUUGCCAUACCAGUUGUGAUGGAAAUGUUUCCAAUUAAAACACGAGCUAUUUAUAGUCUCGCUUUAUUGGGUUUAGUAUUUUUAUUAGACUUGAUUUUGCCAUGGCUUGCAUUGGGAAUAAAAAAUUGGAAAAUUUUACAAGCAGUUAUUUCUGUACCGUUGGUUUUAACAGCCUCGCUUAAUUGGUUUAUGGAAGAAUCAAUGUUCUGGCAUACAGCUCAAAAAGAUUAUGUUUCAGCUAUAUUAUCCUUAACAAAAAUAGCUCGAUACAAUAGUAUAGUUUUUCAAGAUGUAUUUCUUGAAGCACGCGAAUUUCUUCGUAGUAAGCGUUCACAAGGUACUCAAUGCGAUUUUCAACCAUUACUCCGAUUAGAGGAUUUUAAAACAUUGGGAAAAAAAUAUCCUUGUUUUGAUGCAGCAGAUUUGCAAACAGCAUCAGGAAAAAACGGUACUAUCUCCAAACGGAUAUUACAUGCUCUUGCUGGUCGCCAUUAUUAUUCUACAUUAUCAAAAUUUUAUCCGACAGAUUUUAUUCAUUCACCUAUAUUUACUGUUUACUUAGUUGUUCUAUGUGGUCUUUGGCUUGUCAGCUCUUUAACAGAGUAUGGUCUUGAUGCUCCACAUAUAACUCAACAUUUAACAGAUAGUUUUCAUGCGAACUACUUUUAUUCACAUCUUAUACAAAUUAUUUCGUUUAUUAUAGCAUUUCCUUUGGUUUAUAUAUGGGGUCGUCGAUGGCCAACAUUUUGUUUUUUUCUUAUCGCAGAAAUUUCUCUACUUGGUUCUGUCGCUCUUAAAAUCGAUAAUGAACAAGCACGUGUGGGAAUACUAAUUGCUUACUUUGUUGGUAAAUUUGCGACUCGUGCGGCAUUUAUUGUGCUCGUUAUUUAUACAUGUGAAAUAGCUCCGACAGGUUUAAGAUGUACAGUACUUGGUAUUUGUUAUACAUUUCGGUUGAUUGGUAUUGCACUUGCUUCUCCAGAUGUGGGUGAACUAAACAAUUGGAUGCCUCGUCUUAUCUAUGGAGUUCUUUCAUUAAUUCUCGGUUCAAUGGCACUUUUAUUGCCGGAAACAAAAACAAUACCAUUACUAAGCACCAUGCUACAAAUAGAAAGCCUUCCAACACCCAUAAGUAAAGGUUUUCGUCGUCGGCGUCAUCGUUUAGAAUUUAUGCAGCACAACGCUCGACCAGAUGAACCACGUCCAAGACGACAAAGUAAUUUCAAUGAUACGGCUGCAAUGUUACAUGGCACACGCUCAGCUCGUCCAUUUGAUAAUCAAUCAACGAUGCAUAGUAUUUUUGAAUUACAAGACUAUGGACAAUAUGAUACGAUAAAUUCAGUAACUAAUCGGUAUGGUCGUCGAAUGGAUUUACCUAGUCCAUCAUUUUAUCAACCACAUGAAGCUAUUAAUAAUGAAAUGUUUCGCUUUCCACCAUCCAUCGCUGAAGAUGUUGAAUAUACGGAUGAUGCUGAUAAUGACCAAGUAGGCUUAGCAUUACACCGUCGACUUAGUGACAAAAAACGGUUAGCUACUUCAAAGGAGCAUAUUUUACCCACAGCUGAUAUUAUUGUGUCAUCUGUUGCACAAGAACAAACAUCUCCCGAUAAACAAUCUUCAAAUAAUAUUGAAUCACAAAAUCAAACGGAAGAUAUGACAACAGAUCUAGCUGAAUCAGCAGAAACAAUUGAUGACAAAAAAGAGAAUAAUAGUCGAGAUUGUAAACUAUCAUCAUCACCGAAAUAUCAACGGACUAUGAGUCAAGAUGAAAACUAUUUUUCUGAGCACUGUUAA